AUGGAUCCAUACAUGCAAUGUAGAUUGGCCUCACAAGAUAGUAUAGAAUCAUUUUCAAAUAUGUUAAUGAAUGAUAAUGGUGAAAAGAAAACUCAAGGCCCUACACAAAUGCGUGAAAUAUGGGGAAAACGGGAUGGAGAGAAGAUAAAAAUCACUUGCAACGAUUUUGGACAGCCAUAUGAUAAAAGUGCAAGCAAACUUUCAAGCUUUAUUGGGACAUUAGUACGGGAUGGAAAAAAUGCUCCAAUUAAUUAUAAAACUUGGCAUGAGGUACCUGCUAAAUACAAACUUGGAAUGUGGAAAAUCAUACAGGAAAAUUUUGAAAUUCCUCCUCAUGCUAAGAAUUGGACUUUCAGAACUUUUGGAAGGAAACUUAGAGCUUGGAAAUCUUAUCUAAAAAAAACUUAUUAUUUGGAGCACUUAUCUUUUGAGGAGCAAAAGAAAUAUAAAGACAAACGAGUAUAUGAUGAUCAAUGGGAGGAACUAAUAAAAUAUUGGGCAACAGAAAGUGCAAUGAAAAAAGAUGGUGCAAAGAAAGAAGAACUGAUUGAAGAUGCAUCAAAAGAAAAGAGUAUGAAUGACGUUUUUUCUGAAGUUAUGGGUAAAGAAAAACAUGGAUCAGUUCGCAUGUAUGGAUUUGGUGUUUGCCCAUCUGAUGCGUGGAAGGAUAAAUCAACUUGGAGAAGAAACCAAAAUGAGUAUGUAGAUACUCUGCAGCUAGAAGUAAAUGAUCUAAGGUCUCAAGUUCAAAUUCUUACUAAGACUAUUUUGAGCAAGCAAAAUAAUGGCAAUGAUAUAUCUACACUUCAGCCAUUACAUUAUAAUGAAAAUGCUACAUCUUCACACCUGGCCAUAAAUGCUAGUACCUUACAUAACAAAGAAACUCAAUGUCAACUAUGGUUUUCAUCUUCAGCAUAUGAUACUCCUGUUGUUGAGGUUGGAGAAGUAGUCAAUCUUAAGAGUGUCACUAGUGAGCCUGAAACAAUUGCUAUUGGUAUCGUUUUAAGUAGAGAUCCAUCAAAAGAAGUUGGAGGAAAAAAGCUCGGAUCCUUUUUUUCUGAAGUUAUAGUACAAGUUCCUAUUAAGCCUGACGAACAACUGAUUAAAUCAUAUGGACAUUUUAAGACAAUUGGUCAAGUUGUGGGAGCCCCUAUUGCAUGGCCAACAACAUUUGUGAUUCCAAGGAAAUCAGAUACACAACUUGGUGACUCAAUGCUAUGA